AUGUCUCAAUCCAUUCUUCUGCGGAGUAGUGAAGAAUAUGCAUCCCUAGAACUGAAAGUUCGUGGUCUCUUCAAUCUCGGACGUGAAGUACCACUUGUUGUAACGUUCCAGCUCCCACAAUGGAUGGUUGAGACGUAUGGUGAAGCAGUUCCCCCUCAUACCCUUCGGACAAACGGGGACAUUGACAUGCUGCUCAGCGUCCACGAGUGGAACAUAGAGCCAAAACUAUGUAUAGUGUUUGGUGUUCGAGAAGUUGCCAAGUACCACUACAUAUGCAGGAGUCCAUUUACUAUAGUUCGCCGGACCUAUCUUGGAGAAGGUGUCACCGAAGAACAGCACCUUGCAACGAUAAAUGUGAGGGACGAAUUACGUGAAGAAGUCAUUAGUGAGUUUAAUGACCCAGAAAAACUGAUGCUUAUGUAUCGAUUUUCCAUGGAAGUUGAGAAAGCGAGAAACUCUCUAGACCUGAAUGUUGACGUGGAGCCUAACAUGGAUGAUCACAUUGUCCUUAAUGUGGACAAUCCUUCCGUCGUGAACCAGCCGACAGCAGAUGGCUAUCAAUUUAAUGGGAUGGGCGGGUUUAUGGGAACUCCUCCUGUUACAGUGUUGAGAAAUACUUAUGCACCAUCACCGUACGGCGGAGUUAUGUUUGUAUACGUUCCACAUGAUGAAACUCCUUACUGGGAGAUGAGACACGGGAUUUAUGGGGUUCCUGGCUCCGAAUUUACUGGUUAUCUACCCAACGAUCUCAGCAUAGUAAAUUCGGAUGACCAGCAAAUCCCCCAACACCAAAUUUCGCUCGAUGUAUCUUCCACCGCCUCAUCAACUGAGCUCAACACCGGAGUUGAACUAAGAUGUCCUAUUACCAACUCUACAAUCGGAACAGGAUACAAAUAUGGUGAAAGCUCCAGACGGGUGAUUGGAGAGGAAGACAUAAAGGGUGAGGUGCAAGAUAUGACUGAUAUGACAAGUCAGGGUGCGCAGAGGAAUGCAAAUGAUGUGGGUGAUGGAACUCGUGGUGGUGAACAUGGAGGCAAGUAA